AUGGCACGCAACGGCGGCCGGUUUCCCGGCCACAACCUCUCGAAUCCCUUCGCGCAUCUCUCCGCACCGAUACACCAGCAACCACAGCUGCAGCAGCAGCACCAGCAACAACAGAACAUGCCACAUCCCAGCUUCGGCGGAGGUAACCAGGGCCACAACAUCAACCUCUUCGGUCAGAACCAGCAUGCUUUCCAGUCAAACAACGCCGGACUUUCUGGCGGCCUUGGCGGUGCAGGGCUGGGCGCGGCGGCUACCCUGGGUGGGGUCAGUGGGGGGACAGGUCUGGACGGGCAUGAGGCACGUAUGCGAUUUGCCCACGGCGCUCAACUGCAGCAGGACGCUGUUCGCGGGCAGGAUGGCGCCAAAGGGCUUGCUGGUCAGAGAAUCCGCGACGUGUGGCGGUCGAACCUACACCAAGAGAUGGACCUGCUUCGCUCCCUGAUCGAUCAGUACCCGUACAUCAGCAUGGUAAAAUUCCCCGGUGUUGUUGCGCGACCGAUCGGCGAGUUCAACUCGAAAGCCUCAUACCACUACCAAACAGUGCGCUGCAACGUCGACCUCCUUAAGAUAAUCCAGCUGGGCGUCACAUUAUUCUCGGUACAAGGCGAAAUUCCUCCCGCGCAGCUCGAUCCAUCCACACUACAGUACCAACCCAAGUCGCUGCAACGAUAUGCGAACAACAUAGUGAUGUGUCCAUGCACAUGGAGCUUCAACUUUCAGUUCUCACUCGAGGACGACAUGUACAAUGAGGAGUCCAUCCAGAUGCUGAAGAAAUCGGGAGCAGAUUUUGAGAAGCAUGCAUCGCAAGGCAUCGACCCUCAAGAGUUUGGUUCGCUACUGAUAACAUCCGGCAUGACUCUCUCAGAAGACGUUAACUGGAUAUCUUUCCAUUCUGGAUACGAUUUUGCCUAUCUAGUAAAGAUGCUCAGUUCCAAGCCACUGCCUGAGGACGAAGACUCUUACCGCAAACUCGUCGAGAUCUUCUUUCCCCGACUUCUCGAUGUCAAAUACCUCUGGCGACACGCGAACAGUCUUGUCCGCCGUGGGAUAAUAAACGCAAAUGCAACCACCAUCCUGAACAAUCUGGGUACGAAGUCAGGCCUGCAAGACCUGGCUGACGAGCUGGGCUGUCAACGUAUUGGUAACUCGCACACUGCAGGCUCGGAUGCCUGGCUCACAGGAACCGUCUUUUGGGAAUUAAGGAAAAAGAUUUUCGAUGGAACAGUCCCAGAUGAGAUGAACGGGCAGAUGUGGGGACUCACCGGUGUUGGACCACCAGCCAGUGCAACGGCACAAGCAGCUGUUCUUGCUGCACAAGGCCAGCAGAAUCUCACUAGCUUCCAAGGUCUCAACGGUGGCAUGAUGUUCCAUCCGGGCAAUGCAAGACACGGCGACGGACCCAGCACACCAACAAAUCACCCAGCUGGACUUGCAACGACACCAGGACCGACAGGCCACAUGACCCCUGGUGGUAACUAUGGAGGCUAUGGUGGUAACAAAUAG